CCUUCAUCCACUUAGCCCUCUCUCUCUCUCUCUCUCUCUCUCUCUCUUCCCCAAGCUCUCUUUCUCUCUCCAUGGCAGAACGGAAGUGGAAAAUCCCUCGGACCAAGCCCUAGAAAGCGGUCAUCAAAACCCUAACAAGUCCUCUAAUGGCGGACAUCUACCAAACCCUAAUUUCGAGGAGAGCCACGUGGGUGGCCCUCUUCGUUGUCGCCUACGCCAUCCUCCUCUCCUCCUCAUGGUCCCUCCUCCGCUCCAUCCUCACCUGGUACCAACAAAAUUCCCAAAAUGACCCUGCCUCCUCCUCCGCCAAGUGGCCCGCUGUUUAUGUGGCUGUUACUUUCGGAUGCGUCUUCGGCGUUAUCUCGAUGGCCGCCGCUCUGGCCGUUGCGAUCCCGGCCAUGGUGGUCACGUGGAUAACGGUGCUCGUCCUUCUCGCCUGGAAGCCGCGGAGCGUGCUCGUUGUUGAGGGGAGGAAAAUAACGAAGGAGAUAACGGGGUUCGCGCUUAAGAUUUUGCUUAGAGAGGGAAACGGUGUGGCCGCUGUUUGUGCGGUGGUCAGUUACUUUGUGCUUGUUGGGAGAGAGAAUUAGAUUGGGUUUGAUUUUACGGCUCCUUUCUCUCUCUAAAAAUGGCUUCUCUCUCUUUCGAUCUCUCUCUAAAACCUCUUCUUUCUUUCUCUCUCUUCUUUCUUUCAUUCGAUCUCCAGUUACCUUCCCUUAUCUCUCUCCAUUCUUCCUCUGAUCUGUUCCUCUUUCUCUCUCUAUCUUAGCGUUUAGGGGCAUGGAAGUGUCAUUUAAGAAGUUCAGAAGUCAUUUCUUGUAAUUUGUAAAGGAUAAGAUGAUCAGGAGCUGGUUUGUUUCUGGGGAUCAGUUGUAAGGGGAUCAUUUAUUUUUUGUGGGAUGACGAAAAUAGCCCUAUUUAUUGUACGUAGCUGAUACUGGGAUUCUUUGCUCCGGCAAAUUAUACUUAGUAAAAAGUUUAUGUAGAGGCGAGGCUUUAUACAAUCCAAUUAAGGAA